GUGUCCACAUCAUGGCCAUGUCGGGGGAUAUUACAGAUCAGAUACAAAACGAUCUAUUAAACUGCAAGAUCUGCCUCAGUUGGUUCACACAGCCCAAGAUGCUGCCUUGUGCCCACACCUACUGCCAGGGGUGCCUGGAGAAGAUGGUUAGGUCAGACCGGAAGGUGCAGUGCCCGGAGUGCAGGGAAGUGUUUGACGUGAGAGGUGGCGUCAGCAAACUCAAGACCAACUUUCACAUUAACAGUCUGAUGGAUAUCAUCAAGAGCAAGGAGAACGAGAAGGUGGUCUGCAGUUGGUGCGCGACAGCUGGUCUCAGCGAGAUUGCCGCCAUGGCUCGGUGUAAAACCUGCCUCAAGUGCCUCUGCCCACCUUGCAAGCUCACCCACGGGACUGCCAACCCACGCCACGUGCUGGAGGAUCUGCCUGCUCACGGCGCCGGCCUUUGCGAGGCAGAGACAAAGAUGCAGAAGAUGAUCUACUGCCAGAGCCACCCAGGAACCCUGGUGGACCAUCUCUGCAACACCUGCAACAGCAUGAUCUGCAGCAGUUGUUCCUCGCACGCCCACGCCAAGCACUCGAAGGUGUCCCUGGUCAAGGCAGGGGCCACAGAGAGACCCACGGUGAUGAAUCUCAUGGAGAGACUGAAGACUGACAUGCAGUCGCUGGUCCAACAGGAAGACGAUAUUAUCCAGGAAAUGGAGGGGAUGAAGGCGACGGAAAGAUCUCUGAUAUCUAUGAUAGAGUGCACCCUGGCCGAGGUAACAAAUAACUUGAUAAAACAUGGCGACACCAUCAAGGACACGCUCUCCAAUUACGUCAGGGAGCAGGAAGAGUUGUACAAGGUCGCACGAGACGAUCUGCAGCUCAAGAUCAAGAAGGCAAAGGACACCAGGGAAUUUUCCCAGGGGGUCCUGGAUUCCGGUAAAAUGAGGGAAAUAGUCUGCCUGCGGUCCGUCGUGGAAGACCAGAUCGAUGGACUCCAAGCGCCGAGGGUCCCAGACAACAAGAAGACCCGCCCCAGCCUGACCGUCAACGAGUCGCUCAAGAGCAUACUGUCUCACUCCAACCUUUUCAGCGUCACCUUUGGCGAAGACUCGGCCCCCAAGAACCCGCCGGCCUUCGCGCCACUUCCCCAACUUAAGCAGAGGGCGCGGAAUCUACAUUGCUUCGAAACGGAGCUGGGUGGUGACGUGCGUGAUCCGAAGCUGACGGGCGUCAGCAUCUCCAGCAACGGCAUCGUGGUGGCGGAUGAGGACAAUUCCCUUCUGAAAUGCUUCACCAACUACGGGCACCUCACUGCGACCAUCUCACUGCCGGACGAUGAUGACAAACCAUGCAGUGUUGCCAUCUUUGAUGACACCAUCGUCUGCUCGUCUCGGAACCAGCUGUACAUGCUGGACAUGGACGGGACUUUGCUGAGGAAGCUUUUCCUCCGCGGCUCCGAGUCCGUCUACCACCUUGCCGCCUACAGUGAUGAAUACGUGGCUGUGAGUGAGGGGUCCAUGUGCUCCCUCUCCCUGUACGACAUCAACGGGCAGGUGGUCGACAUGGUGCAGCCGUACGGCUACGAGGGGGGGCGCUUCCUCUUCCUCGCCGUCAACAGCGACGAGCGGUUCAUCGUGGCCGACUGCGGCAAGAAGUGCAUCCUGAUCUUCGACAGAGAUGGCUGCGUCUUGGCCAACUGGGACCAGGUCACCAUGAACGGAGUGGGCCGGGCGUUCUAUCCCUACAGCAUCUGCACGGAUGAAGCCGAUAACAUUCUGGUCACCGAGCGGAACCGGAUCCUCUUGUUUUGGCCCGAUGGGGACUUCAGGGAGGAGCUGCUGACCACUGCCAACGGCCUUCACAAACCACGCGUAAUCACCAUCGACAAUUGCAACAACCUGGUUGUCACCCAAGGCAACGGGUUCAUCACCGUGUACCAGCUGGACCUCUCUUAAUGCAUCGGUGACAGGAGCACAACUAGGCCACUCAGCCCAUCGUCCACUCCGCCCUUUGAUCUCUCAUUCACUCCCAACCCCUUCUAACCUCUCCCCAUCACCCCAGACAUCGGUACUAAACAGGAAUAUACAGUAUCUGUCUCUGCCUUGAAAAUAACCUUUGA